UCCGCGCAGGCGCCCUGGGCCCGCAGCGGUGCUCGCCGGGCGGGUGGCGGUCGGCUCGCUGCGGUGCCAUGGUGCGGCCGCCGCUGUCGUCGGCUCUCUGCACGCUGCCGCCAGGCCCCGGGCCUCCGCGCUUCGUGUGCUAUUGCGAGGGGGAGGGACGCGAGGACGGAGGCCCCGGCGGCUUCAACGUCUAUGUGACGGACGCCGCGGAGCUUUGGAGCACCUGCUUCACGGCGGACAGCCUGGCGGCCCUCAAAGCCCGUUUCGGCUUGAGUGCGGCUGAGGAUAUCACCCCCCGGUUCAGGGCAGCCUGCGAGCAGCAAGCUGUGACUUUCACCCUGCAGGAGGACAAAGCAUCCCUGACCCUUCCAGGGGGGCCCUCGGCAGUGGAUCUCAACCUCUCCAGGGUGCCGGGCCCAGAGGCAGCCUCCAGGCUGCAGGCACUGACACUGAGCCUGGCAGAGCAAGUGUGCAUCUUGAAGAGGCAGCUGGCAGCUGUGGAGGUGACAGCUGCCAGCCCCAGAAAGAGCCCUCGUCAGGUGGGGCCCCAGCUCUUCCUACCAGACCCGGAUCCUCAGAGAGUUGGCCCUGGACUUGGGGUCAGGAGGCGGUGUCCAGGCGAGUCCCUCAUCAACCCUGGCUUCAAGAGUAAGAAACCAGCCGCUGGUGUAGACUUUGAAAGCCCCUGAAGAUGCAGCAGAGUGUGACCUUGCCAGAUACCUGCUUGCAAGUGGGGACAGUUCUGAGACCCCACGAUCUCCACCUGCUCCUCCUACUGCAGGGUGGGAGCGCACCUGCUUCUCAAACCCCUUCUCUAUGAAAUAAAUGCUUUCUCAGAUGGA